UGUGUCUGUCAAAGUCUGUUUUGCGGGGAUGUCACUAUCUUAUUUCAUGGCAUUCCAUAAACAUUGUAUUACCGAAGAAGAUGGUGAUUCUGUAUCAAAAUGGGAUAUGCCAGAUUGCAGUUAUGAAGACUUGGAGGAAAAUUGUGAAAUCAGUCAUGAGGAAUUACUGAUGUCUGAAGUAGACACUCCCCUGCUGCCUCCGUAUACCUCACCAUCGUUGCCUGUUCUUGGAGAACUCUUUCCAGUGAAAGUAACACACAUUGUGUCACCGAAUGAGGUGUACAUUUCCAUUGUUCAGUCAGACAGUGCCAGCCAACAGAGAGAUGUGGAGGACAGAGCAACCAGCUGGGACUCUGAAACUCUAGAUGAAGCCUUGGCUCAGUGUAAUCAGAACAUAGAGACUAUUCCAUUUCUAACUGAUUUUCGAAAAGACAUGCCUUGCCUCGCAGAAUAUAGAGAUGGUUUGUGGUAUCGAGCAAAACUCAUUUCAGUUAAUGAGUUCAGUCCUCUUUCAGUUCUGGUGGAAUUUGUUGACUAUGGAUCGACUGAAACAUUGCCCACAAGCAGGUUACGUCAGAUUCCUCCUAAGUUCAUGCAAUAUCCUGCUCAAGCAUUCAGAGUUUUGCUGGCUGGAUUUAAACCUGCUUUACAUGAUUCAGCAUCAGAGAGAAUUCCGUAUUGUCCUGAAUGGAGCAUAGAAGCAUUAUGGGCCAUGAUGGACUCCUUCCAAAGCAAAAAUAUCAGUGCUUCUUCAGUGACACAUUCACCAGAGCAUACUGUAUUUUUAUAUGAAGACAGACGCCUAUUUCAUAUGAAGCUUGUGGAAAUGGGAUUUGCAGAGCUGAAUCAGUGAUAGGGAAGGCUGUUGGAAAAAAGAGCCCAUCAGAAGUGGUGCUGGUGGAGAAAGAAUAAUGGAAAAUUAAAAAUAAAGGAACAGAAAAAGAACAUUGAAUUAAAGAGA